AUGGCGGGCGACCAAAGCAGCGCUAGCCCUGGUGGGGAUUCCGGCUACGACGACGACUGGGCAAGCAUGAUGCGCGAAGCGGAGCACGGCGGUGUGGAGGAGGUCGCCCUCCGCAUUGAGUUGAGGCGUUCGCAGCUCGACCAAGGCGGACCCGGCAGUGGCGGUUCUACUUCGCCAGUGCGCGACAACGUCGCCGGCCCGUCCUGCCCAGCGGCAGCUCUGGCCGCUCCGCUCCUUCAGCUCUGCUCCGGAAGUGUACGAGCUCGCCGCCGCUCGCCGUCUUCGAGGCCGGUGGCCGUCGACCUCCUUGCCGCAAUGCCUUCCUGGAAUGACGAGGAAACCAGCUCGGAGGAGGAGUGCGAGGUUGUCAGCAUGGACAUGGGACUUAUGGAGGAACGAGACACCACUGUGGAGCCCCUUUUCUGUGGCCAACUUGAGCUUGCUCAUCCCAAGUGCAUUCUGCACCAACUGAGGCCUAUUAAGCGUGUUGCUUUUGAAGGGCCUGUAACAGGAAGGCGUUUCUAUGGCUGCCCAGUCCAGGAAAAUGGUGUGAAUUGUGGUGUUGUAGAGUGGGUUGAUGGGCCUUGGCCAACUGUUCUUCAGAGAUGUUUGUGCAAACUAUGGGAGAUGUUCCAUGAGCAGAACUUUGGAAGGGUACAGGACAAGGAGAAGUUUGAGAAGGAGUUGGCCAGGCUUAAGAGUGAACAUGAAAGGGAGUUGGCCAAGCUUAGGACUGAAAAUGACAAGCUUUGCAUUGAGUACACCAAGCUUGUUGAUGAUGUAUCCAAGAUGUUUGAUUGGCAGGAUGGUAGGGUGGACAAGAAGGUGUACCAGAAACAAGUGGAGGAGGAAGAACUUGAGAAGAAGAAGAAGGAGUUAGAUGAGAAAGCUAUGUUGGAGGUGCAGAUGGAAAAGCUCAAACUUGCAAAAGAGCAGAGGUGCAUUUUGCAGAGCCAAGCUGAUAUCAUCAAGAACACCAGGAAGGCUAUGAAGGCUGUUGAAGUUGACAGAGAUGUUCUUAAGAAGGAGAAGGCAAAGCUUGAGCUUGUGGUUGCUGAGCUGCUGAAAGAAGGGUAUGGCAGCAAGGAGAAGUUAGAGCAAAUCAAGGCCAUCCUUGAGUCUUGAAGCUUGAUCUUGGUGAAGUAAGUACAUCCAAAGGCCUUUAUAUAAGGAUGUGGCCUGGCAUGACUGCAAGUGAUUAUGGGUGUACAUUUUGGGGGAAUGUGAAGUUUAACCUAGUGCAAGAACCUUAUUUCCUAUGUUGUUAAGUUGUAAUGGAUCACCUAUUAAGUAGUGCAAAUGGAUCUCUUAUGCUACUAAGUUGUGGAAAUGUAGAAUGUAUGCUAUUAAGUGUUCAACUUGAUCUUAUAUCUUUUAUAUGUUAUUUGUUAGCCUACUAAUAUUA